AAAAGAUUAAGAAUAUGGCAAAUGCAUCAUUAAAAAAACAAGCACGAAAAAAUAAGACUGCUAUAAGAACAUUAAAAAUUGGCGGAAUUUUAAGCAAUUUAUUUUUUAUUUCAAUACGUUUAAUCUAUUAUUACCCUUCAACAACGAAAUAUACAUUUAUUUUUUACUUUAUCUCAUGCUUUCUUUCUACAGCUUUAUCUUUUUUACUAUGGUCUAUGGGUUCACCUAAAUCUGAGAAAAAAUCUCUUCAUUCUUUUGAAGAUUUAAAUCAAAAAGGACUUGUUGCAUAUAUGUUUUAUACAAUUUAUAUCACAUGGGUUGUUUAUGUUUUUACUGCUAUUUUUACUGAUAAAGCAUGGCUUUUAUAUCUUAUUCCAUGUUUUUUACUUUCAAGCCAUUUGUUAUCAAUAAUUAAACUUUUUUUUAUGAAUAAAUACAUAAAAAUAGAACAGGAAUCAAUUAAUAAAAAAGUUAAGUAUAUUCAUUCACUUUAA